AUGUCUAACCCCAACCUUUUGGACAUUGAACCCGGUGGAGAGAACACCCAGUAUGAAUCCAUUCGAUUAUUUACAGAGACCCCACACAAACAAACGGGACAAUUGGGUGUAAACUCGCCACACACGAAAAGCGAAAUGAGGACUUAUUUCGAUUCUGACAACGACGGCCAGAAGCUGAGAGAUGAGGACAAAGAGGAGGCGCAGAGGCUUGAGGGCGAAUUCACAUCUAACAUCUCCGGGGAAACGGAUAAAGACUCGAAGGAGAAUGAAGCAGCGGCGAAGACGAGGAGGCAACAGGGGUAUGGACCUGGUUCCGGCGUCGGCGCUUAA